AUGAAUGUGUUAGUGUACGCCGGUCCCGGUACCACAACCGAGAGUGUUAAGCACUGUAUUGAAUCACUUAGAUUUCAUUUAUCGCCAUAUUAUGCAGUGGUUACUGUUGGAGAGAAAGCAUUAUUGAAUGAUCCAUGGCAAUUUAAAACUCGUGCUUUAGUCAUACCUGGAGGUGCUGAUUUACCCUAUGUAAAUACAUUUAAUGGACAUGGGAAUAGAGUUAUUACAGAUUUUGUCAGAAAAGGUGGUAAAUAUUUAGGAUUUUGUGCUGGAGGUUACUAUGCCAGUAACAGAAUUGAGUUUGAGGCAGGUACUAGUAUGGAAGUCAGUGGACCCAGAGAACUUGGCUUUUUUCCUGGGGUUUGUAAGGGUACUGCUUAUAAAGGUUUUGUUUAUAAUUCCCAUGAUGGUGCUAAAAUAACAAGAUUGGUUUCAAACUUACCAGGUCCAUCUGCAGUUUACAAUUACUACAAUGGAGGUGGAGUGUUUGUAAAUGCUCUGAGUUACAGAGACGUCGAAGUUUUAGCUAAAUAUACCGAACCUGUUGAAAUAGAUUCUCAGAUGAAAGAAGAACUUGAAGCCGCAGUUGUUUAUUGUAAAGUUGGUAAAGGAGCAGCUAUUUUGACAGGAACACAUCCGGAGUUCGGUGCAUCCAACGAUGGGAUUUUGAAUGAUUUGGCAGAAUUUGAUAAUGAUAGAAAGUUGUUCAUGAAAUCACUAUUGGAGAAAUUAGGAUUACAGGUUAAUAAUGAUUUCCAAGUACCUCAAUUAACACCUAUUCAUUUAUCUUCAGCCUUAAACCCAGAGAAAAUUAUCUCGUUGACCAACACCUUAAAGCAGAACUUGGAUUUUGUGGACAACUCAUUCGAAGAUGUUAAUGAUACGUUCUAUCUUCAUGGUGAGGACGAAGUUGUGAACACUUCAGAAGGAACUCAUCUUAAGAUCCACACCGCAGGAUUACCUGAUGGAAAAGAAACUCCAUAUUUCAAUCUUCACAAAUACUAUGGUGCAUUAGACCAGUUGUACAAGGGCAACAACGUGGAGGGAGAAUUUGGGAGAGUUAUAGGGUAUGGAGAAGUAGUGACAUCUACCAACACACUUCUCGACAAAAACGUUCGAUGGUUAAAACAUUUACCUCAUGGAAUGGUAAUGACGGCCACAACCCAAGUUUCAGGAAGGGGAAGAGGGGGAAAUGUAUGGAUCAAUCCCAAGGGAGUGAUGGCUCAAUCUGUGUUGUUCAGAAUACCAGCUGCCAAAGCCAAAUCCAUCGUCACCUUACAAUAUGUUUUAGGAUUGGCAGUAAUUGAAUCUAUAUUCAGUUAUGGAUCUUUGGAUAAUAAUGGUAUAGGAUAUGAAGAUUUACCAGUGAAAUUGAAAUGGCCCAAUGAUAUAUAUGCCUUAAAACCGGAAUAUUUCACCCUGUUGGAUAAUGAGAACCCAACUACUGUGGAUGGAACUGAAGAGAAAUUUUCGAAGAUUUCAGGGGCUUUGGUCAAUUCCCAGUAUCUUGACAAUCAAUUCAAUAUAGUAUGGGGUGUCGGUAUCAAUGUUUCGAAUGAAGCUCCAACCACAUCAUUGAAUUUGAUUUUAGAUAAGUUAAAUCAAAUCAGACAAUCAAAGAACCUCCCUCCAUUACCACCAUUUGAACACGAGAUCUUAUUAGCAAAAAUCAUGUAUACAGUCAACCAGUUUUAUAGUGUGUUCGAACAUUCAGGAAUUUCACCAUUCUUACUGUUAUAUUAUAAGAGAUGGUUCCAUUCACAUCAAAUCGUCACUGUCACUGCUCAUGGUACUAACAGACAAUGUAAAAUCGAAGGUAUCACCACUGAUCAUGGAUUAUUGGUUGUCAGAGAUACCACCACUGGUGAAACACUUGAACUUCAACCAGAUGGAAACUCUUUUGACAUUUUCAAAGGUUUGGUAUACCAAAAGAGUUAA